AACAGUCUCAGGUCAGGUGAUCAGAUCUGAGCUGCAUUGUAAAUAGACAGCAGGGACCCACCGGGGCAAUGCUUCCUUCGUAGCCUCUUUAAAAACACUCCCCGAAGGUCACUUAUUCCCCCCUCAGGGACUUGUUAUCGCCACACUAAAGGCUUCCCCUUCUGCUCGGCUUCCUUUUGUAGCUGAUCAACAUGUACCGCUCCCUGUACGCCUUCCGAUCAGCGGAGCCCAACUCGCUGCACUUCGCGGCCGGAGAGAGCUUCCUAAUCCUGGAGAGGAGCAACAAACACUGGUGGUUGGGCUCACGCUGCAGCUCGGGGGAGACCGGCUAUAUCCCCUCCUCGUACAUCGAAAAGGUUCAGGCUCCAGAGCAGGAUGAAGUGUUGCAGUCCAUUGACAGAGCCAUUGAAGGUAUCCACAAUGUUGCCUUAAAGAAUGGAGGCAAAUAUAAUCUGGAACAGCGGGAUGUUCUUCAAAAGUUGAUCCAUCACAGAAAGGAGACGCUUGCACGGCGGAGCAUAUCAGGACACUCGCAAGGUCUCCCAGCAUCCAACAGUGAAAUCUCUCUCAGCCAAACUCCUCCGCUGCCCAAUGGCCUUCAUCGAGACCACGGAAGACGGGGAGGUGUCCCCUUAUCGGGAAGCAUGGACAACAUUCGUGGAGAGCCGGGUUUCUAUCAGGUGCCCCCGCAGCCUCGCCGCGCGGCUCCAAUCACGCCGCCCCCUCCUGAGAAACAACGCAACAGCCGGCGUCCAGAGCCAGACAUCCCCUCCAGAUUGACUUCUCUCCCGCCGUCCCCGGUCCCCUCCCUUACAAUCAGCAGCACCUCUUUAGAGUCUGCGUCGUCCUCCGACGUCAGCCUCCCAAGUGUUUCCAGCACACCACCUCCCCCUAUACCGUCCCGCGUCAAGCCCGCCGCAGCUCCAUCCGAGCCCACUGCUCAGUCAGCCCCGGCCAAGAAGAGCCCGGCCCCGCAGCCCCCACAGACCCCGCAGACCCCCGUGACAGAGGAAGAGGCUCCGGAGAGCGAGUGGCCGGUCGCCCCGCCGCCGAUGGAUGAAAACAGCCCCGCUUCCGCCGAGCCGGUUCCCCCGACCAUCGGUGCCGAGCUGAUCGAACUGGUGCGGAAGAACACGGGCUUAAGUUACGAGCUGUCGCGAGUGGCCGUCGGGGUGGUGGUGGGCCACCUGCAGAUCACCCUGCCUCAUUCCUCCUCCGCCCUGGAACAUGUUCUCCUGUCGCUGGUGGAGAGCAAGGAUCUCGGCGCUGCCCUGCCACGAGGUCAGCUGUGUCACGACGAGCAGCGGCUGGAAGUCAUCUUCGGGGACUUGACCCGCCACCGGGAUGACUCCCAGCAACGCAGUUGGGCGCUCCACGAAGACCACGCCCUCAUUGCGUGCUACCUCGAGGAGCUCCUCAAGAUACUGACUGAUGCAGAUCCUGAAGUGUGUAAGAGGAUGUGCAAGUCCGGCAAUUAUGAGAAUGUGCUCUCCCUGGUUUCCUAUUAUCAGAUGGAGCUUCGUGUGUCUUUACGGCUGCUGCUGCUCAAAGUGUUUGGCGCCAUGUGCAGCUUGGAUGCUUCUCUUAUCUCCACCCUCCUCAACUCCAUCCUCCCUAUGGAACUCGCCAGGGACUUACAAACCGACACGCAAGAGCACCAGAAGAUGUGUUACACAGCCUUGGUACUCACUAUGAUUUUCUCAAUGGGGGAACAGGUGCCAUAUCACCACUAUGAACACUUAAACGGCGACUUCGUUCUGUUCCUGCUGGAUGUGGUAGAGGACGGACAUCCCUCCGACCCAACCGAGCAGCUGCCCGAUCUCUUCCUCAACCUGCUGCUGGCCUUCAACCUGCACCACACAGCGCCGAGCAACAACAUCAUCAUGCAGCAGCUGAGGAAGAAGAACGUCAAGAUUCUGACCGAGAAAGUGUUGCUGCUUCUCAACCGAGGAGACGACCCCGUGUGUAUGUUCAAGCACUUGCCGCCCGCACCGCACGCCGUGCUCAAGUUCCUGCAGGAUGUUUUAGCCAGUCGAGAGACGGCGGAUAUCUUUUACCGUACUGACAUGAUGGUGAUGAUUGACAUAGCGGUGCGGCAGAUCUCUGACCUUUCACCUGGAGACAAGCUCCGCAUGGAGUACCUCUCCCUCAUGCACUCCAUCGUGCGCUCGACGGAUUACCUGGAGCACCAGCACCGGCUCUCGGACCUGCAGGGGGCGUUGCAAAGGAUUCUCAGGGAGGAGGAAGACCCCAGGGAAGAUGAAGGGAGCGCGACGGCCAAACAGAUGGAUAAGCUUAUUGUGCAGCAGAUCUACAAGGAGUUCCCGCAGAUCAGCAUGGGUCAAUACUGACCAUAGCAGUAUCACCAGGGCUGCCGCCAAAAGUCAAGUACUACAUUCUAGGGCCCUAUUCAGUAUCACACACUGUAGUCCACUGCAGAGAGGUGCGGUAGGGAAAAGUGAUGCCCUGAAUGCAGAGAGACGCAAUCACUUAUAUGCCAGUGUUUCCUUGGACUUGUUGUCCACUGCUGCAGCAUGCAUGGGAUGUGGUAGAAUUUAUAUAUUUUCUUUGAGAAUGGUGUGUUUUGAUGAUUGAAUGAGGGGAAAAAUAUGACAAAUGCACAAAAACAGCGAGGUAAGAGCUUGAAAUACCGAAAUAGAGGCCAAAAUAACAUGCUGUUUGACUUGUAAGCAAUAAUUAGCCUCAAUAAAUGCGUAGUUUUCUUCUAUUAACGUAUCAGAAAAAAAGUAGGUCAUUCUAACCAAAAUGCACUCAAGUUUCAACCAGUUGCAAUAGUGCCAUGUAAUUACAAUGUGCUCAGAGCAGUAUUUUCCUUACAACAUAUAUCUAUAUAUAUAUCUAUAGUCUAUUAAAACUGACUGCAUACUUUACCCAACCCAACCCCAAGGCACUUCAUUAUUUCAAACGCCAUUGAAAUAAAGAAGAACAGGAUAAACAGGUUGAGUGCUCUUAACAAAUUUGCUUUUAGCAAAGUAACUUGUCUUGUGUGCUGAUUUAUACAAAGCUCCUCAAGCAUCAGGGUCAGUGACUUCAUAUCUUAAGAAAAUACAGCGUAUUAAUCCACAAUGCAAUUCACCUGCAAUGGAGCUUUGUAGCGUUAGCUGAUGUUCUGCAGUUAUUGUCUUGAGAAAACGCUGCUGCGUUUCAUUUAGUAUCUACUGAAAUUCAUAUCUAAUAAUUUAACAGAAAGAAAUAUUCUUGAUUUAUUUACAUUGUGUUGUCAUUGGUUGUGUCCUCUCAUAUUACAUGUUAAUAGAUGUCUGUGACAUGGUUUAUUUGUCUGGAAAUAUCUCUUAAACGCUAAACAUAAUCCUGAAGUGAUGAUAUCUGAUAUUUUUUUGUAUUGUGUUCCGAGAGCCGUUCAUCAGUUGUGUGUUUGUUUACAGCCAUCGUGAGAGAGAACAUCUCCCCUUCCUUAACUAAAAUAUCAUUCUAAAAGAAACUAAUAAAGUUAUUUUUAAAAGUGAAA